CCAUCGUUAUCUUCAUGUCGGUCUGACAACAUCUAAGGGUCAUCAUAUAUGUCAGAAGUUACCAUCCAUUUGAAGGAUGUUUCAGUUUCUCUAUCUUGGCUUUCUUCUGUCCCUGUUACUUCUGUUGGUCUCCAUGGUGAGAUCAGCUGAUGUGUUACAUGAUGUGUCAUCUGAACCUGAGUGGGAUGACAGAGGUUACAUAUUGUUCUGUCUCUGUAUGGGGCGGUUUGGGAACCAAGCAGAACACUUUCUGGGUGGUCUGGAAUUUGCUAAAGCUGUUGACAGGACCUUAAUUCUGCCUCCUUGGCGCACAUAUAAAAAUGUUCCGUUUGAGGAGUGGUUUGAUGUGGCUACUGUUGGAGAAUACCACAGAGUGAUCACAGCUGAGAGCUUUAUGGAGAAACUGGCCCCAAAAUAUUGGCCCCAGGGGAACAGGACAGGAUACUGCUUUGGUUACCCAGGAUCAGACAUUCCGUGUAAGAUGAAAGAAGGAAAUCCUUUUGGACCAUUCUGGGAUGGUCUGGGAGUGGAAUUUGACAACAGUGAGUCGUAUUAUGUGAUGUAUACAGAUCAUACUGAAUGGAAAGAAAGGUUUCCUGCCGAUAAGAAUCCAGUCGUGGCCCUCAAGGGAGCUCCAGCACCUUACCCCAUGGCAGAAGCCACUGUCCCUCUUCAGAAAUACCUUAGAUGGUCGUCAACAAUAGAGGCUGAAGUUCAAAGUCAUAUCAACAAAAUGUUUGGGGGAGAAAAGUUCAUUGGAAUACAUCUUCGCAACGGUAUAGAUUGGAACAAUGCCUGUAGGAAUGUAGAGGGAGAAAGUAAAUUCAUGGCUUCUCCACAGUGCCUUGGGUAUGAAGGCAAGAAUAAAAUUUCUGCACAGAUGUGCUUCCCUUCUGACGAUGAGAUAUUAAGGUUAUUGAAAAAUGUUGCUGAAGUCUCAGAUAUCAAACAAAUAUAUGUGGCUACUGACAAGAACCCUAUGACGAAAGAAAUUGAAACACAUUUAAAAAAACUUCAGGUCAACGUUCAUCACCUAGAUCCUUGGUUACCACAGAUUGAUCUUGCCAUAUUAGGAAAAUUGGCAAUUAAUUCCUUCACUGCUUUUGUUGCCAAUUGUGUUUUAUUGAUAAGCAGUUGA